CCAUCUUGUUCGGAGACAAAGGAUCGGUUUUACCAGAAACUUCAAGGGCAAAGACAGAGGUUUGGAUAAAGAAGCUGUUAGUCUGUCAGGAACUGCCUCUUGUCCAAGGUGCCCAAGUGGCUGCAGGCUCUCACCAGCUGCUUUCAUGCAGGAUUCCUCUGCUUACUGCUGUGCCACCAUUUCCAGCUCCUUCCAAGCACAUCUCUGUGCACAUCAGCAGCCAGACAGGAGGUGGGGAGGCAACAUGCAGGCAUCCAAAAAGGAAAGGCUCUCCUGAGAACAGUAGGUGUACAAAAAGCAAACACACCUGUGUUUAUCAUGGCCAAGCGCAAACCCCAGAUCCUGCUCCAGCUCCUCAGCUUUUCCUAUGAACAGGCGAGAAAGUCUUCCCGUGGCCCAGAAUAAAACAAAAUUAUUGCCUUAUUAGAAUAAAGGAAAGCAAGUUCAUGACUCAUCCCACACAAACAAUCAGUUGUCUCUGAUUUUACACUUUCAUACAGUUCCAUUUCCAACAACCCCACUCUUCAGGAGGAACUCUUGUUUGGGACCCUCAGUGUUCCACAGCAGGGGAGCAGAGCAGCAAGGCUGAACACAGCAGCAAAGCACCCACACACAGUUCAUUUUAAAGAACAUACGGAGCUCUUGCCCUACACAGAUAAGGCUAAGCCUUACUCUCCCCAGGAGGAGGUAGAGACAGAGGGCAGGAAUGGGGCAGACCUCCAUAGUAAGGCCAACUUGCCCUACCUGGGAAGCCAACGUGCCUGGGUCUGCUUUGGGAUACUGGUUUCCAAAAGAUGGAAAACCAGUGACAAAGAUGUUUUUGCCCAGAUUUGCCCUAUCAUACACUUCCUCUGUUGGUUGAGGAUGUCACAACUUGGGAAUCUAGGUGAGCCCUGUGCAGGGGAGUUCUCCUUUGGGUGCAGUGCCAAAGAAAGAGGGAUGAGGACAGGACCUCAGCAUGCUCCACACAAAGCAGACCCAUGAGUUGGCAUCAAGCUGAAUCCCUUCCCAGAGCCAGCAGAGGUGCCAGGGCAGCACCCUGAGCCAGAGCCCACCCUUGGUUGCACAACAGCAGGGUGCAAUCGGGAGGCUGCACCCACAGCCAAGUGCCAGCAGAGCCAGGAGGAGCAUUGGCUGCCCUGCUCCCACGUGGCUCAGGGCUCACUUAGGCUUGGAUGCUGUUCCCUUAAGGCACAACAGGUGGAAAUGCAGGGCUAGAAGUAUGAGUAUUUAAAACUGGCUGGCACUGCCCGAGCCUGGUGUCCUGGAAGGAGACAGGACAGACAGACACACACACACAAGGAGGUCCUGGGGUCAACCACGAAGCCAGGAGUGGUGAAGCAAAGAGAAAGCAAGAAAUACAAAAUGGUCUGCAGAAGUAACCUGAUGUGUAAGUAAUGCUUCUUCAUUGUCCUCUCACUCAUUCACCUCGAAUUAGCAGCUUUGUACAGCCAUGCAUGGACGUGCAGGUCUCGCUGGUGAAGAGAUGCUGUCUUACUUUAAAAGAACAUCAGAAGCGCAGAAUCAAGCUCAUAAUAUUAUCUUCCUUCUCUGUGAUAGACUUUGAAUUUUCCAUUUCUGGAAAUAAGUUUAAUUAUCGUUACAAUAUUUGCACUGAUAGGAAAUAAUUGUUAGUAAAUACUAUUGUGGUCAUUACAGCCUUUUGAAUGGCAGCACGGAGGCAGUCAUAAGGAUAUGGAUUUGGGAAUGUACCUCAGCAAAGGGUGGGUUUCUGCACACUUACAUGCUUACCAUGCAAAGUCCUUUUGGACUUUUAAUGCAUUUGUAUAGAGAAAUAAUGCUUGCCAAUAGCAGCCACACUGUGGCCACAGACAGGUGCACAAGUGCUCUCCAUUCAUCCAGCUCUCACAGCACAGCACCACUGCAGUGCUUUUGGAUUAUAAACUCCAGGAAUAUUCACAGUUUUAAACUAGAAGAGCAGUUUGUAGUCUCGGUUUCACUUUCCAGCCUAAGAGACUAGAAACAGAGACAAGAAAUAAGUGAACCAUUCAAAUCCCAUCUGAAAAGCAACAAGUUAGUAUGGGGGCACAUCUAACAGCUUACAGGAACAUCCAAUCAGGUCAUCAUCAGCACCACCUCAGUGCAAAAUUCAGUCAUUACCAUGGGGAUCAUCUGGGCAUUCUUUUUCAUUUGUUAUCCAAAAAAUAGUGCUCAUCUCACAGUUUUACCUGGAGCAAAAGGGAUUCUUAGCUAGGGAUGCAAUAAGUGCUGCAGGAAUUCCUGAAGGCUGUUGAUUUUGUUGAUAAUCUCCAGCAGGAUCUGCCUAGCUGCCUCUGCUCAUUGUAUCACAAAAUCAGCACGCCCUGUUUAACCUCUCCAUAUUGUAAAGCAGGCAUCAAUCUGGAAUACGAAGGAUUUAUUUUCGGUAUGUGUUCGGGUCAGGCUGAUCUUUUAACAAGUCCAUUGCUCACUCGCCUCCACGAAGUGCAAUGAAAUGCUCUAUCCAAGGGGACGGGUGGCUUUUCCCCAUUAGCAACACUCAUAAGGCAGCCAUCAACGCAGUCAUUGUGAUGGGUCCCGUGAAGAUGUAGAGAGCUUUGGUGCUGGGUAGCAGGACAGCUGUGUCUGUGCUUUGCUUCAGGCACCAAGAAUCGCCCCCAGCAUCCACGUCCACGUUCCUCCUCAAUGCAACCCCAACUGUUCUGCUCAGCAUCACACCCACAGCAGCUUCCAUCCACGCAGCUCACCCCCAGUAUAAGCGGGUCUGUUUUUAAAAGGAUUUGAGGGAGAAAAAAAUAUUACUCCAUUCUGUAUGUCAUUUCUUAAUUAUGGGAAUAACAGCAAAUGCUAUGCAAAGCAGAAUUGUCUAGGAACCAGCUCUUUGUGUUCCAUUGAUCCCAAUGCACGUCCUUGACACUGGUCAUUGUUAAGAGCAAUAAGUUAAUGGCUAAUAGAUUACAAGCUAUUGAUCCCUUGCAUGCUGCACCAUGUGAGUACACCGGUUACUCAGGUGAGAAACUUGCAGCUGAGUCAGCAGAAUUUGGGAACUGAACUCUGCUUUUUCAUACCUACUCAGAGCAGCUCCUUGCUUGCGCUUGCGUAAAUUGUUUCAAGUCCUGAUCUCCUUUGUAACAGCAUAAACCGAGGGCAUUCCUCUCCAAUGUCCAGGUCAACCCAUCUUGGGAGAGGAGGGCUCAUGCAGCAGCACACAGAGCCCACUUGGCAGUUCUGCUGCUGCACAGUUCUGUGCUGCUCAACUUCGAAAUACAUGAUAUGGGGGCAGGGAAGAGGAAGGAGCCAGCAGUUUUGAUGUUGCAAGAUUAAAGUUGAUUCUAUUUCAGAAAAAACAAGAUUUGAGUUUAUUUAAAAACAAAAACAAAGGAAGAAAUGAGAAUACACCCAGCCCACAGCUGGUGCUGAUCCAGACAACCUGUUCUGCAGAAUCGGGGAUUGGUGACAGGAGGGGAUACAGCCUCGUGACCACAGGAGAAACUUUCCAACAGCGGCUGCUCCUCUGCUGAUCCCAUGCUGCAAAUGGGCAAGAACUAGGACAUCCCUUCUCCUUUUUCCUCCCUGUAGCCAUCAAAAUGUUUUAAACUAAGCACCAGAAUUUGGCCUGAAAUGUCCAAAAUGCCAACUGUCAUCUUUUCCCAUCCGCAGUUUCUUUGCCCUGUGCUGCAGAGCAGCUUCAGAGACACUUCCCACUGGGAAUAACUGAGCUCCUUCUUCUCUUCUCCUGGCCAUCUCAUAGAAUCACCUCCCAUACAACCUCAAACUCAGGUUUUAAUGCAUCAGGUUUUUAAGUCACUACAUGCAAAGCGUUGGGCUCAGCAGCCCAAACAACAAGUGCUGUUUCUGGACAAACCAAGGCAACCAACCCAGCCAUGUGCAGGUUCCCACCUGCAUGAUGCCCAACGUGAUGCACUCAUGAAGGGCUGGUGUCAGCACAGUUCCCAGCACCCACCAGUCAAUAGGGACACCAUGGUCUCACACUCAGUCUUCCCUGCUCCAAGGACACCAGGGACCCAGCGCAGACACACAGAGCAGUGCAGCAGGAGCAGAGUCCAGCUGCCACUUGAGCCCAGUGGAACAGCUCAGAGAUGAGAGCAGCCGUGUCACACAGCCCCAUGCAAAGGAUGGAGGCAUCUAUGAAGCCUAUGGCAACCCCUCCUGCAUGAGGUGACCCAAUUUGGCUUCUGUUGGAAGCUACAGGGAGCACACAAGCCUCGUGCUUCAUGCCAGACUUCACAAGGAUGCGAGGGCUCUCUCAGAACCACCCAUGGGAGCAGUAUUAAUGCAGAUUGCAUGCACAGCCACUUACUUGCAUUCCCACACAGCUCAGCAGAACUUUCUCUUAGCUGUGAUCUGAGAUUUAAUCCUGUCCUCUGACUGAAGACAGCAAAUCCAGUCUUCUGAAAGCACAAAGGAACCCAAGCUGUGUUAUCAGCAGGCUGAGAGUGAUUGUCCCCCAGCACCUCAAACUGAUUGCCUCAUGCAGAGCACCCAGCAGCUCUCAUCCACGCACUGGGUAGCAUCUCUGGGCACUCAGAGCACCACAGGGGGUUUCCAUGCAGUCUGCUCAAGGGAUCAGCCCAGACUUUAUGUAACAUGUGGCUGUGCAUGGGAUCUGCCUCCAUGCAUUCAGUGAAGUGAUGCAAGGUGUUAGCAUCAGAGCAGGAGCAGAGGCAGUGCAGAGCUAUAGAUGUGUGCAGUGCUACAUGCAAACUGUUAUCCUCAGGUAGGCACAACCACAUCCAUGUGGCCUCAAAGAUGCAUAACCUUUCUGCUCUUAUAUGUGCAGACGACUCUGGUACAUCUUUCUGGGCACAGCUGUAGCUUCAUUUCUAAACAGACUUCCAUAACCCCUCACUGCCUGGCAGACGAUUGCUUUGGGAAGGAAUCAGACCAACACAAACCGUGCCAAGAAGGGAGAAAAGCUGACCCAGGACCUGUCCUUGUCUCGCCCUGCAUUGAGUGUGGGAGGGCAGCACGGGAGCAGCAGCCACAGGAGCCCUGUGGGUCUGUGUUGUGCCGCACUGUUUGCUUUCCACAUCGCAUGGUUUGUUUGCCCUGCUGGCUGCCUGUGGGAUAUGUAUGAAGAAGCAUUUUUCAUGCUCAGUGGGUUAAUUAUUAGCCAUAGGCAAGUGGACACCGAGCAAUUAAAAGUCCCAAUACAAGGAAGAAAGCAUAACAGAGCACCUUUCAUCUUCACACGGAAGCAAAGGCAUUUUUCUUCUACUGGGAAUUACCCCUAAUAAAACAAACCCUAUCACCUGAUGUCCAGAAAUCAAAUUCCUGUGACUGUUUAUAAAGACUUUCUUUGGCAUCCAUCAUCUUCACUAUAGCUCGUAAUAAUUAAUGGGUAGAUCAACAGUCUGGAAAUGCAUCUGCUCACUAUGGAGAGUCCUACAGCACACUCACAUCAAUGUGAAUUAAAAGCUUUGGCUUCUCCUGGGCCAUCACUGAUGUCAAAACAGGGAUAAGCCAUAAAUAUUCACCCUAUGGGCAAAUUUCAGGGGAUGAGCAGCUUGGUUUGGUGCUCCCCAAAGCCAUCAUUUUGAGUCCUGCCAGGGCUACACAGCUCUGCUUCUCCACAGGGUUUAAAUCUCCUCACUUCACCAACUUUGUCAGCAGCCAAGGUGAGAAAAGGCCCAACUCUAUCACAUUCUUGAAGAGAACAGGGAAGAAAAGAUCAGAAAUUAAAUACGGGCUUCAGACAGGAACUGCUCUACACAAGCAGGUUUUCCCAAGGAGCGGUUUUGGCACCCGGGCUCAGAAGGGAACAAACCCUUCUUUCACUGCAUGGACAACAAACCAUCACAAGUGGCAUUAUCCCCUGGCAAGGGUCAUGAGAGCAGCCCAGCUCUGGGCACCCUGAAUUCCAGUCCUGCUGGGGCUCAGCAGCUUUUGGGCCAUCUGUGAACUUCAGUCUUCCAAUGAGCUGUUCCAAUGUAACGAGUAAUACCAAAUGUCACUUCUGACUCUGGAUCAACCCCAAUUUGGCCAAAAUCUCUCCCUGUGCUGUGCACAUUGCCACUGCUGCCUGCCCAAGAGACAGCCACAGUCAGCCUGCAAGCCUGGCAUUAACUGGCUUAUGGUAAAAACACUUCCUGCAUUUGACGUGGUUGAGGUGUUAAGAUGCACAGGUAGUCACAGUGCCUUGUAGCAAAACAGGCAAGGACAGAUAUCAGCUCCCCAUUUCCUAUUAAAUUGCUUGACAAGUGAUUAAAUGUUGUAUUUCUCUCUAACAGCCACAAUGCUCUUAUCAUCCAGACAGAGACAUUAUCAGGUGACUUGACCAUUAAUCAUUUUUGCAAGUGCUAUUAUUCACCAAUUUCCGUGCCUUUUCCAGGGAAUGCAAGAAGAAUGACUUUACUGGCAUUCAUCUUCCUGCUCUCCUUCCUCCCUGCUGAAUCUGCAAAAAGUAGAUAUCCUCCCAAAACAAGCUUAAACCCAGUGUUUGGACCUCAGCAGGUGUACGGCUUGAUCGAUGGCUCCGUUAGCAUCAAGUGCUUCUACCCUCCCACCACGGUGAACAGACACGAUAGGAAAUACUGGUGCAAGGAGUCCUCCAGGAGCUGCCUGACUGUGAUAUCCACCAGUGGAUACACAGCACGGGGCUACCAGGGCAGAGUCACCAUUGCUGAUUUCCCAGAGCAGGGCAUCAUGCUGGUCAACGUCUCACAGCUGGCCCUGGCAGACCAGGGUACCUACCAGUGUGGCAUCGGGCUCAAUGGCAAAGGGCUCUCCAACAGGGUCAAACUGGAUGUUUCUGAAGGUCCAGACGUACCUGAAGAAGCUGAGCUCUUCUACGUGGAGCUGCAGGGCUCUGUGAGCAUGGCCUGUGACUUCGGAGGGGAUUAUUCCAGCACAAGGAAGUUCUUGUGCAAGAUGGAGAAGAGCGGCUGCCGCAACAUCGUCGACACGUAUGGGCAAAUAGAUUCGGAUUUCCAAGGGAGAGUCCUGCUGAGCAAUGAUAACACAGAAGGUGCAUUCAGCAUCAUGAUAACCCAGGUGGAAUGGGAAGAUGCUGGCCUGUACUUGUGUGGGGUUGGCUCCUAUGGAGAGUAUGGAGAAACGAAGGAGCUGAAUGUGCACGUCUAUGAGGGGACAAAAGCUCCACAAGAAAAGGACACAAUAUUUGGAGUAAAAGGAAGUUCAGCAACUAUUGAUUGCAACUACAACCCGACCAAGAAUUACACGCUGAAGUAUUUGUGCAAAUGGAGAACGACAGGCUGUGCUCGGAUCAUAGAUAACACUGGCUUCUUGUCGAUCUCAUACGAAGGACGAGUGGCCAUGUUUGACAACCCAAAGAAUGGCACAUUCAGCAUCGUCCUGAACCAGCUGCGCAGCAGCGAUGAGGGCUUCUAUUGGUGCAUGACAAAUGAUCACAGGGAGAGGAAAACAUCAAGGGAGCUGAAGAUCGUAGAAGGAGAGCGUGGAUUAACAGGAAAGGAGGAAGUGCAGGCAGAAGUGGGUUCACGGGUGGACUUAACGUGCUCCUACUCAUGCAAGUACUACUCCUACGAGAAGUAUUGGUGCAAGUGGAGCAGUGAUGGCUGCACCCCACUGACUGCUUCUGACCAAAGCCAACCAGGGCUGGAUGUCAGCUGUGACACUGCCAACAAAACACUCAUCCUGAGCCUCGACCCUGUGACAGUGGAGGACCAGGGGUGGUAUUGGUGUGGGGUGAGACGCAAUGGCCACUAUGGGGAGACCAUGGCAGUGUCCUUGCAGGUGGAUGGAGGGAAAGCUGCCAACAUCAGCCCGGAGCUCCUGGAUCUGGAAGCCAGCAAUACUGCUGCUCCUGCUGGGGCUGUUCCUCAGGGCAGAGCCAACAGCGAUGCUGGGGUGCAAAGGGCAGCUGCCUCAGAAAGCUCUGAGCAAAGCUCUGGCUCCAACACUCUUGCUUUAAUCCUGGGCCCCAUUGGUGCAGUUCUCCUGGUCCUUGCUGCAGCUUUUGCUGUCUUUAAAUAUCGUCAGAUCAGGCGAUCAGAUCUGGUGUCAGUGGGCAGCUACAGGACCAACAUCAGCAUGUCAGACUUUGAGAACCCAAAGGAGUACGGAGCAAACGACAACGUGUGCAUGAAGCAGAGCCAGGAGACCCAGCUGGGAGGCGAUGAAUUUGUCACCACCACAGCCAACAUCGAAAGCACCGCUGAGACAAAGAAGGCAAAACGGGGCUCCAAGGAGGAUGCUGACCUCGCCUACUCUGCCUCUCUCCUCACUCCCAGCACUGUCACCCAGAGCUCCGUGGGGGACAGCACAGCCCCGGCUGAGAUCCCCCCUCUGUGGGGUGGUUCGGUGUGAGGGCGAGGGAUGGGGACAUGCAUUGGGGGCUGGCUCUGCUAUGGAGCUCACUGCUAGAGCUCAGCCUGCUGCACUGCUUGCUGCUGCCCCCAUUUGCUAUUGCUUGAUUUUCCGUCUUUAAAUUCAGCUUGGAGCAGAGAUUCAACCAGAAUCAUAAAGGCUGAGCCCCAGCAUCACCAGCGCAGCCAGGGCCCUCUUUAACGCUCCCAAAGACUACAAGAUAUGUAUUUUUAAAUCUUUUUUUUUUUUUUUUUUUUAAAUCUCUCUCUUUUUUUUUCCCCCCUGGAAAUCCCUUUAAGGCAAUGCCUUUUGCUUUUGAUUCCCCUCUGCUCUCCUGGUCAUAGGGCAGCAGCUGCAGACCAGGAGUGCCUGGGGUUGUUCAUGUCCAAUAAAGAUACAAGCAGCUUUCAGCAGACCAGAAGGGCUCUCAGUCUGUGGCAGAGCAUGGGGAAAGCAUAGAAUGGUGUUAAUUAAUAUGACAACCCAUUUAACUGAUUAAGCAAUAGGCACCAGCGGUCAGUCUCCCUGGAUGGUUUUGUGCUUGUCCAGGCAGAAGCAAUGAUGACUGUAAUUAAAACAGUGUU